UCCAUAUUGUUCCAUUAAAAGCAGUCCGUUGAACAACGUAAUCAGGUUCAGUUUUAAUUAGUGUUACAGUAAAAACAAAGUAUCUUUUCGUGUAGUGAGUUACGUCUUCGUAAUGUGAUGAAAUAAAUAUCGUUGUUUGUCAAUAACUAUUAAACAGCAUCAAGUUAUUUGGAAAUAAAUUAGAAGAUUCAAUCACAAUCUACCAUAUUAGAAAGUUCUACAAGAAAUCUCUAUACACGAUUAACAUUUUGAUCAAUAAAAAAAGAAGAAGAAAGCAAUGCGGAAAUUAGAAAGUUCGAUACCGGGUUUCGAAAAUUUUCCUGGAAGAGAUGCUAAAUUUCAAACAGCAUACUCUUUUCUCGAAGCAAGAAGACAAGUAGACGCUGCGGAAGGUUUAUGGAGGAUUCGAAAUAAUUUAUAUGAUUUAGAAGGUUUUGCAAAAUUUCACCCAGGCGGAGCAGAAUGGAUUCGCCUGACCAAGGGUACUGAUAUUACCGAACUUUUCGAGUCGCAUCAUCUAACUGAUAAAGCUGCGAAACUGCUUCCAAAAUACUUGGUAAGAGAGGCAGUUUCACCACGAAAGCUGCCAUUAACGUUUGAACCGAAUGGUUUCUUUUCUAUUUUCAAAAAGCGUGCACUAGAAGCCCUAAAAGACGUGGAUUUUCAUCGGUCGUCGACAAAAACAAAUUUAUUCGCUGAUUUUUUUGUCAGUACUACCGUUUUACUUAGCCUCGCAGUAGCUUAUACGCAAUCUUAUUUAAUCAUCAUGCUUGCUGGAAUUUCUCUCGGGUGGACCACGGUUAUUGGUCAUAAUUAUUUUCAUAUGAGGAAUAGUUUUCGAAUGUACUACUUUGAUUUAAGCACAAUGUCGUCGAAGGAUUGGCGAAUAACACAUGCAAUGAGUCACCACAUGUACCCUAAUACCCUUUGGGACUUUGAAAUAUACUCGAUUGAGCCUUAUCUGUUUUGGUUACCAGAUCCUAAAAAAUCAUUACUGAAAGGUAUCAUCAGUCAACUGAUAAGUCCUAUCAUUUGGGCUUUAGCUCUUUACACACAAGCAAUCAAAAGAUAUUACUCUGUGUUCUUCGAAUAUAGAAAAUUCGAAUUUCGAGAUGCUGUACCUCUCUUUUUGCCCAUAUCGAUGUCCUUUCUCGCGCCAAGUAUUUUUGUAGCUGUGAAACUUUGGUUAUUAAUUAUAUUAACAGGCAGUUUUAUAUUUUUUAUGAUCGGUUUCAAUGCAGCUCAUCAUCAUCCCGAUAUCUUUCAUGAUGGCGAUAUAUACAGAAACGAUUUCGACUGGGGUUUGCUAGAAUUGGAUGCCGUAAGAGAGCGAACAGUGAUCGAUGACUCUGACUUUCUGGUGUUGACUAACUUCGGAUUACACGGUCUUCAUCAUCUUCUGCCAACAGUGGAUCACUGUUACUUGCCACUUUGUGAAGAAGCUUUUCAACAAACUUGCAAGGAAUUUGGAGUUAGUACUAAGAAGUUUACCCAAUGGGAGCUUGUAAAGGGACAAUUUAAACAAAUCCUACGUAAAGAACGGAAAAAGAAUAUUAGAUAGAAUAACGGAUAGGCUAUGAUUAAAGCGACGAUUAAAAGUAAUUUGUUUCUUGAGAGGGUCAGCGUCCACUUAACUUAAGAAGUAAGCACUAAUCACAUAUAUUAUUAGCAAUCAGUGAAUUCGUAUAACAAAUACGUGAUUUUGGAAAUACAUUUUUGAUAGAACACAAACAAUGCAUAAAGAAGUUGAGUUUGAUUCGAGUCGUCUUGCGCUAUGUUGUUCUCGUAAUUUUUAAUAAUUUUAACGUUGAAACUGUUUCGUAACUCCUACCUUUUCAUCCUUUCAAAUAUAACAUGACGAAGCUUUCUACAUUUUAAUUCUUAUAUAUACGGUUAGUCGCGAAGGUCUACAAACACCUGGCUAACCAAAGAAAUUGAAAAUGCACUUUGUCACAAUAUCAUUUAUACCUACAUAGCGAUACAAUUGUCAUUAAUGUUUUCCUAAAAGGAAUUAAAAACUCAAAAUAUCUGACUAACAAAAAUCUUGGGAUAGAGUUGCAUCAGAAAUGACAGAACCUUACAUUUUUUCGACGUCAAGGAAUUGUUGAUGUUCACGUAGGUGCCCCAGAAAAUAUUAUUAUAAUUAUUAAGCACGUUAUUUUUAUGAUUUCAUAUAGGUAUAACAGGUGCAUGCAAUUUUUGUAACACAUUGUAUUUUAUACACUUUUACUUUUUUCCUCCUACUAAGGGUGAAAGUGAAUAAGUUGUGUUACAUUCUGACAACGUGUGUCUUAAUGUGCCAAAAGGAUUCGUAGAGCUAAUGUUUUUACUAUGAUAUUUUAUACGCAUAUAAGGGGUGUAUGUGGAUUUUUAUGACGAAUAUAAAGGAAAUGAAUGAAAAAUUAUAGAUAGGUAUAUAUGUACCUGAAAGCGAAUGAAAAUCAACGGUAUAAAAUAAAAGAAAGUUGUUAGUAUUUGCUGCAUCGCAGACGAUAUGGCAAGAAACGAAUUAUGAGGCGAUAAUUAAAAAAUUCUAAAAAUUCUAAAAAUUAUAAACGAUUAGAAGGCUGGAGUAUAUGAAAUGACAAAUAUUGCGAUUGGUUCUUAAUUUUAUUUAUUGCUUAUUUAUUUUAAUAAAUACAUACUUCGGCUCUCUUUAUAAAUUACAAUUAACUUUAUAGGAUAGGGUUAUCAUUUCGAUGACGUAUAUAAUAAUGCGCGCUGACGUUCAAAUCCGUGACUAGCGUUAUAUUUUUAUUCAUUGUUUAUUUUUUUAUAACAUGUAAUCUUGUUCUUUUUUUUAUCGUUCCGUUUCUGUAAUGUGUAUAUCGUAUCUAUUUAUCGAUUCGUCCGCUUGAUACGCGCGUAUGCCAGUAUUGCACAUACUUUUCUUUUCUGCCACGUGUUCAUAAUACAACGUUUAAAAUUUCGA